AUAACCUACAUAUUCAAUUAUUCAUACACAUUGUAAUCAGAAGAUCAAAGGAUAUUGACAUGGCGACUUCCACCUUCUCGUCUCGUGGUGCACAAACCAUGAAUAUCAUGUUCGUUAAGCCAAUGCUUAGGAAAUCGAUUCACAAGAAGAGUGCGUCGCACGACAUAGUGAGGGAGACGGCCAAGACGGAGGGCUCGGGCGCCGGAGAGGAAGUAAAGACGAUGAGAGGCUUCUACGGCGCCGGAGAGACGUCGUCGCCGGCGAGUAGUUGGGUGCCACAUGAAGGCACGGGAAUAUACUAUCCAAAGGGGCAAGAGAAGGUGAUGCAAGAUGUGCCUCCUCCUCCAGGUGGCAGCCACGCGGACGAGCUCGUUAAUUGGUUCUCCUGAUCCAUUGUCCAGUGUCACACUCUUGUCAUCAUCUCUCGAUCUCAUCUUAAACUCUCUAUAUUGUUUGUCUAUUGUUGUAAGGGAAAAACAUUAAAAAUAUAUGUGUAAGUAAGUGGAUAUGUAUUGUCAUGUGAUCAAUGAUAAUGAAUAAUUAAUGAUGAUUAUAAAAACGAGUCAGGUACCAA